GUCGUGCGCGGCCCUGCGCGAGCGAGACGUCAUGAGCGUCUCUCCAGCCAACAUGGCGGACUUUGAUACCAUUUAUGAGUUAGAAGACGAAGAAGAUGAGCACGUAAUAAGCGAAGAGCACUUGCCCAGAUACUGUCCGGAGCCCGUGGUCAUGCGAGGAGCCGGACACAUCACAGUGUUUGGACUGAGUAACAGAUUUGACUCCGAGUUUCCCUCUGUUCUCACGGGAAAGGUUGCACCGGAGGAGUUCAAGACCAGCGUUGGCAGACUGAACGCUUGUUUGAGGAAGAACUUGCCCGUGAAUGUGAAGUGGCUUCUCUGCGGCUGCCUGUGUUGCUGCUGUACAGUCGGCUGCAGUCUAUGGCCCGUUAUCUGCCUCAACAAGAGAACGAGAAGGUCUAUCCAGAAGUUGUUAGAGUGGGAGAAUAAUCGAUUAUACCACAAGCUGGGCCUGCACUGGAAACUCAGUAAAAGAAAAUGUGAAAGCAGUAACAUGAUGGAAUAUGUGAUUCUUAUAGAAUUCUUACCUAAAUAUCCGAUAUUCCGACCGGACUGAGGAGGCAGUUGACUCUCCUGGAAGUGUGGCCCUUGAAUCCUAUCCUUAGUGCCUUGUAUAUACAGUAAAGUUAGAGUAAGGGUCUGCGUUGGCGUUCCUCGUGGCGAGCUGUACAACCCCCCCCCCCCCCCCCCCACUACCUUGUACAUUAAGAUUUGCAACACUGUCACUUUGCUUUAGAGCAGAUUUUGCACAUUACCCCCCCGCCACCCCGACAGAACUAGACGCGUGUACCCUCUGUUGCACUCUGAUGUGUUUGCUUUUUUGUGACAAAACAAGUGUUAAAAAAAAAAAUAGAAACGUUUUUGAAAAAAGUGCAUUUACCCCAAAGAGCCGUGAGCCUGAAUCCCAUCUAUUAUAUCAAGAAUGUGAUGCCUCCACCUUCCUUAUCCGCCCUUGCCUUAUGUGUAAUCUUUUUAAUAACUUUACAUGUAACAUGAGGAAGGCUCUCGGGUCAUUCAACAAGUCUGUAGAUUAAAAUGCUUUUCUUUCAAUCCAGUCCUCUGCGAGUAGAUGGGAUGGUUAAAAUUGCCUAUCGUACAGCGUACAUACAUACGCGUGUUUAUACUUUACAUCUAACCCCGCGUACAUGGGGGGGAAUUAGCUAAAAGUAGGACAACCUGACCUGUAAAUACGACGUUAGCUGUACAGUUGUAUACUAUUGUUUACAUUACGUUAGCUAGCUUUUUAGUUUUUGUUUUUUUCUUUGCUAAUAUAUUGUAUUAUAGUUUUAAAGAAUGAAAGAUGUCCAAGUACCUUUCUAGUAUACACAGUAUGGACCUGUUUACCUUAUAAGCCAUAUAGUUACAAUAUACAUCUUGCCAGAGUUCGGACUGAUUAUUGCACUCGAGAGAGAGAGAGAGAGAGAAACUAAAAGUCAGGAUGUCAGACUGUAAUGUGUCCGAAAAUAUUCAACCAAUAACAAGAGCUGUGCUUGUUACUGUGCAGUGUUUUGCCAACGAAGAUGAUGUUCAAUGACACAUCGUCUCCUACAGGUGGACGUGAGGCCAUCUCCGCCUCUUUUCACUCCGCAAUUCCUCUCAUUUAUCAUUAUUAUUAUCAUUAUUAUUAAUAAUAUUAUUAUUCAGUUUAUCCCAGUACUGUGUUCAAUUUUUAUAGUUUUGUACUACUUUCCUGAUGUGUUGAGCAGAUGGUUCCUUUGUUUCAGUCAUUCGGUCCAGUGUUAUUAUUAUUAUUAUUAUUAUUAUUACAUGUCAUUUUCCCUGAAUCUUUAUCGACAGAUUCCUGUAUCGCGUUGUAUUAGAGUGCCUCUUGGAUUUUGCUGGUGAAACACACUGAGAAUUACAGGGUGAAAUUAGAUUUUUAAGUCCUCCUCCUCCUCCUCCUCCUCCCCAGUGCGGUCCUUGUUACAAUCCUUGUAAAGUGUUCACCUUGAUGACCUGAUCCGAAUGGAGAGAGAAAAUAAAAUUGUGGAAUUUUU